GGGGGUGGGGGCCUCUCCCAGCCACACUUCCUAGGAAGGAGGCCCAAAGCCCAGGGAAUCCCCGGAAGGAAGAGGCAGGGAUGGGAGCCAAAGGAGCACUGGCUGGGCAGGCCCAUCCUGAGAGGGCCCGGGUGUGGAGCUGGCUGGGCCUGGGCCUGUCUCUUCCCUGACCAGCAGGGGGAGGCUGCUGCCAUAGGCCUCUCCCAGUCUGCGAAUACAGCUUCAACCUGGGUGGGCCCCUGGAUCGUGGAUCCCCCAAAGGGCUGGCCGGACCUCAGAGGAUGAAGGCCGAAGGGAUGGAAUGUACAGCCCUGGUCUAGCCCCGGCAGGGCCUGGCUCCCGGGGCCUGCUCAAGCCCAGCUGCAGUGACUCAGUUUUCCCUGCUCCCCACCCAGGCUCAGGCCAAGGAGGAUGACUCUCCUUCCUGUUGUGGGUCCCUGUUCCUGCCCAGAGGUGGGUGCACCCCUGAGAGGAGGGACCAUGGGAAAGGAGGCGGCCGCGAGCCGGGUAGGAUGUGGGAAGGGAGCCGGGCCUCCCCCUCUCCUGAAAGCUCGCAAGAACCCGGGAGAUGGGGCCAAGGAUGGGCAGGGCCGGCCUGCCAUGCCCGCGGGAGCUGGGACCAGGCCCAGGGCACCGCUGAAGUAAUGGGAGGCAGAGGGCAAAGUGAAGAACUUCCUCUAGUCCCAUGACGCCACCUCCAGGAGCCCAGAGCGCCGCCGCCGCAGCAGCCGCCGCCGGGUGUGGGCAAGGCACUCUAAGGGAGGGGCCGACACUGACGAGAAGGACCAGGCCCACUGCCUGCCCUUAGGAGCCAGUCUGGGGAGGGGGCUUCCAGCCAGCACGUGCUCUAGCCCCUGGGCCUGGUCCCCGUCACCAUGGCAACUGGCAGCUUCAGCUGGUAGGGCGGGAUGGGGAGGGUUCCCUGGGCGGUUUCCACAGCAACCGGUGGCUCUGGCCAAUGGGGGCGGCCCGGCGGAGCCCGGGCGGGGCGGGGGCGUGUUCAUGGGCGUGUCCUGGGGCGGCCCUGCCCUCCCUCCGCUGUGCGCCAGUCCCGGAUGGGGGAGGCGGCCGGGGUUGGAGUAAGAGAGCAGCAGCGGCCUGAGCCGCGCUGCAGGGGUGGGGGGGCAUUAGCGCCGUCACUGCCCGCUGUGUCCUGGCCUUAACUGCGCUUGGAGAUCGGCCCGGCAUCCUCCCCCGAGGCCCGUGCUCCCCCAGGGAGCCGCUGCCCGUGUGGCUGGCCGGGCAGCCGGCCCCGGGGGCCCCCAUGUGCAUCUGCUCCCGGAGGGACCAUGAAGCAGGGAUGAGCUCGACCCAUGGAGCUCCGGCCGCCACCCUUCUGCUGCCCUGGCGGCGGGCCCCGCGGGCCCAGGGGCAGGGUGAGGGCCAGUGGCCAGCGGCAGGCAGCCCCGGGCGUGUGCUGGCCACCGUGUUGGUGUGGCUGGCCACGGGCACCGGCAUGUCCAGCCUCAACAAGUGGCUGUUCGCCGUGCACGGCUUCCGCUACCCGCUGCUGCUGUCCGCCCUCCACAUGCUGACCGCCGUGCUGCUGGGCUACCCGCUGGCCAGGCACCGGGCACACCGGCCGCUCCCUGCGCGGGCCAAGAGGAGGCUCUUCCUACUCAGCCUGACCUUCUGUGCCGCCGUGGCCUGCGGGAACCUGGGCCUCACCUACGUGCACCUGGACUUCGCCCAGAUGGUCUACACCACCACCCCGCUCUUCACCCUGGCCUUGUCCAAGGCCAUCCUGGGCAGGCGCCAUCACCCCCUGCAGUAUGCUGCCAUGGGGCCCAUCUGCCUGGGCGCUGCCUGCAGCAUCCUGGGCGAGAUGCACUUCCACCGCACUGGCUGCUGCUUCCUCUUCGCUGCCACGUUCCUCCGAGGCCUCAAAUCUGUGCAGCAAAGUAUCCUGCUGCAGGAGGAGAGGCUGGACUCGGUGGCUCUGCUGUACCUGACGUCCCUCCCCAGCUUCUGCCUGCUGCUGGGCACGGCCCUGGUGCUGGAGGUGGGCAGCGCCGGGCCGGCCCCGGCCCCCGCCGACCACCGCCUCUGGCUGCUCAUCGCGCUCAGCUGCCUGGUCUCGGUCCUCUACAACCUGGCCAGCUUCUCCCUGCUGGCCCUCACGUCGGCCCUCACCGUCCACGUGCUGGGCAACUUCCACGUGGUGGGCAACCUGGCCCUGUCCUGGCUCCUGUUUGGCAGCCGCCUGAGCGGCCUCAGCUACGUGGGCAUCGCCCUGACGCUGGCGGGCAUGUUUCUGUACCACAACUGCCGCCUGGUGGCCUCUUGGUGGACCCUGCGGUGGCCGGGCCGGGCCGUCGGGGAGCCGGGCCCAGGGCUGGGCUAGUCCGGCCAGCCGGCUCGACCUGGGAUCCGGCGGAAGGACCUUCUGGGAAAGCAGCCGGGGGAGGGCAGGCGGGGAGCCCGAUGGUCCCCCCGAAAACCACUCUCCGGGACCUCGUGAAGGGUUGCCAAGAGCCUGCCUGCCUCAUGAGGGACUGGUGGGGGGAUUAUCACCCUCAUUUUACAGAGGGGGAGACCGAGGCUCUACACGGCAAGCCCCACGUCGAGGCAGGGCCAGUCUUCACUUUCCCUGAUCUGUGCCUCGGUUUCCCCUUCUGCCACAAGAAGACAGAGCUCGCUACGAAGGGGUCAGAGGAGAAGGCUGACCCCACGAGCGUCGCCCUCAAAGGGACGUCCCGGCUGUGCUUGCCCAGAUGGGAUAGAGGGUGGGACGGUCUCGGAGAGGAUCCCGGAGAGGGACCGAAGCGCUGCCGGGGGAAGCUUCGCCUGGGAGGGGCCCUCGGCCGUCGCCCCCUUAUAUCUCUGCUGCUAACGCCUGGGGAAAGGCCCCUGGCGGGAGCCCCACUGACCCCCCCCCCGGCCUCCACCCAGGCUGUCCGGCCAUCGGCGGGGAGUCCCCGGGCAGGAGCCUGCGGCGGGGCUGGCCAGGGGUAAUUCCGCCCUCCAAUAAAGCACUGUUUGGUUC